UUAUCGAGGAUCAGGGUGGCUGUUCAAACUGACUGUAAAUCAGUUACAAUAGAAAUUAAAGCUCUACAACUCCAUCACAAACCAUUAGCUGCUGGAAUAGUCAAGGAGCCACUGGGGAUGGACGACAUCACACUAAAUAUCGCCAUCACUGGAGAAUCUGGUUCUGGCAAAUCCACCUUUGUAAAUGCCUUCAGAGGCAUCAGUGACGAAGAUGAGGGAGCCGCUCCGACCGGCAUUGUAGAAACCACCUCAGAGGUCACACCGUACCCCCAUCCAGAGUAUCGUAAUGUUACUUUAUGGGAUCUUCCUGGAAUCGGCACCACCAAGUUUACAGCUGAUAAAUACCUGGAGCUUGUUGGAUUUGAGAAGUUUGACUUCUUCAUCAUCAUCUCAGCUGCUCGGUUCAAAGAGAAUGAUGUGAAACUCGCUCAGGAGAUUCAGAGGAUGAAGAAAAAGUUCUAUUUUGUUCGCUCAAAGAUUGACAACGAUAUAAAUGCUGAGAGAAGAAAGAGAGACUUCAGUGAAGAGAGGACUCUGACAACAAUCAGAGAAGACUGCAUUCAAGGAGUCAGAGGACUGGGCAUCAAGUCGCCACAGGUCUUCCUGGUGUCCAGCUUUGAGCUCCACCUGUACGACUUCUCUCUCUUACAUGAGACCUUAGAGAGAGAACUUCCUGAACUCAAGAGAGAUGCUCUGCUGUUUGCUACACCCAGUUUCAACCUGGAGAUCAUCAGCAAGAAGAAAGAAGCUUUCAAGUAUUUCAGUACAAGCACAGACGACCAAUUUGGAUUUGCAUUAGUUAAAGAAGAAAUUAAUGAAGCUGUGCUGAAGAAUAACCAACCAGCAGCUGCUGCAAAGAUCACUGAGUUAAUGAUGAAGGAGAAAAACAUCACACUAAAUAUUGCCAUCACAGGAGAAUCUGGGGCUGGUAAAUCCACCUUUGUUAAUGCCCUCAGAGGGCUGUCCGAUGAUGACGAGGGAGCUGCUCCUACUGGUGUUACAGAAACCACCAUAGAGGUCACACCGUACCCCCAUCCAAACUAUCCCAAUGUUACUUUAUGGGAUCUUCCUGGAAUCGGCAGCACCAAGUUUCCAGCUGAUAAGUACUUGGAGCUUGUUGGAUUUGAGAAGUUUGACUUGUUCAUCAUCAUCUCAGCCACUCGCUUCACGGAAAAUGAUGUGAAACUCGCUCAGGAGAUUCAGAGGAUGAAGAAAAAGUUCUACUUUGUUCGAUCAAAGAUUGACAACGAUAUAAAUGCUGAGAGAAGAAAGAGAAACUUCAGUGCAGAGAGGACUCUGACAAAAAUCAGAGAGGACUGUGUUAAAGGACUCAGAGAUUUGGGCAUCGAGUCUCCACAGGUCUUCCUGGUGUCCAGCUUUGAGCUCUACCUGUACGACUUACCUCUCUUACAGCAGACCUUAGACAGAGACCUUCCUGGACACAAGAGAGAUGCUCUGCUGUGUGCCAUGCCCAACAUCAACCCAGAGAUCAUCAGGAAGAAGAAACAAGCACUGAAAUCCAAAGUAAAAUACUGGGCUACUCUGUCUGCAGCUGGAGCAGCUGUUCCAGUUCCUGGUCUUUCUAUUGCUGUUGAUGCUGCUGUGCUGGUUGGUGCUGUCACACAUUAUGUUUUUGCUUUUGGUCUCGAUAUCCCAUCUCUGAAGAGACUUUCUGCCAGAACAGGUGUGCCAUAUGCUGAUCUGCGUGCUGUCAUCAUGUCACCACUGGCUGCAGCAGAAAUAACUACGGGGCUCCUCUUGAAGGUGAUAGUCCAACUUGGGGCUGUAGCUGCAUUAAUUGCAGCAGAGGAAGUAUGCAGAUGGAUUCCAUUUAUUGGAAUCCCAAUAGCAAUGGGUCUCUCUUUCACCACAACUUACAAAAUUCUGAAUUUGAUCCUUGAUAAGCUCGCUGAAGAUGCUCAGAGGGUGUUUGAAAGAGCUUUAGGCUGA